UCUUGAUGGGACUUAGUUCUGUCGAAAGCACUGCUCAUGGACAGGAACUCAUUCAUUUCAGUCUGAGACUGAGAGUGGAGCGGAGCGGAGGGCAGAGCAGCUACCCAGGUGAUUGAUCAGAGUGCGUCGUCCUUGUGAUUCAGCUUGUGUCUCGGCCAGUGGGACUAGAUUGAAUACCACCCUGUUAGUGGGACGAUGAGGCAACUAGGAGACAACUCCAGUGGGCUUGAUGUGAACGGCACCUCCUGUGAGGUCCAUGACAGCAUCCUCUCUCCUGCCUUACCAAUUCUCUACUCAAUAAUCUGCUUCUUCGGCCUGGUCAGCAACAUCAUSACCAUAUUUGUGUUCUUCCUGAGGAAACACUCUGACUCGUCCAUGGCUGUGUACAUGAACCACCUGGCCAUGGCUGACUUCCUGCUGGUGAUGUGUCUUCCCCUGCGGGUCUACUACCACAACAGCCCGGGACCCUUUUACCUCUGCAAGGUACUGGGRGUCUUCUUCUACGUCAACAUGUAUGCCAGCAUCCUGUUCCUCAGCCUGAUCAGUUUGGAUCGCUACCUGAAGAUCAUCAAGCCUGUGUGGGUCCUGAACAUCCACAAGGUGCGGUGGAGCCACCGGGCAUCCUUAUCCGUGUGGGCAGUUCUGGUCCUGGCCAUGUCUAUUUUUUCCCUAAAGAAAGACAAGGAGCACCCUUGUGAUAGGAUCUGCUUCCACUUCCACCACAAAGGACUCCUGGGGGGCACGGCCAACCUCACCGUGGUGGCCUUCUUUUAUGCUGUCUUCCUCCUCUUUAUCUGCUUCUACGCUCGGAUAACCACCAAGCUGAGGAACAUGUCCUUAGGCAACCGGGACCCCAAGGCCCAGCGGAGGAAGAGCAGGGUGAUCCUGAAGACCUUUGUGGUGCCGGUAAUCUUCACGCUCUGCUUCCUGCCAUACCACCUGGUGAGAGUGCCCUACGUGCUGGCCCAGAUGAAUGUGAUCCAGGCCCUGGGCAGUAAACAGAUUCUCCACAUCCUCAACGAGCUCACUCUGCUCCUGUCUGCCCUCAACAGCUGUCUGGACCCCAUCAUCUACUACUUCAUGUCCUGUACCUACAGGAGGACCAUCCUCUUUGCCCUGCAGGGGCAGUUCAAGACCAUGUACGCUGUUAACCGCAGACGCAUCAGUAUUAACCGAUCUAUUACAGAGAUAUAGAGCUACAGCAUCUAAGGCAGGGAGUUUUAACAUUUUGCACAAAUUAAUUUGGAUAAUGGACAUUAAACAAAGUUGGAUUAACUGAAAAAGAUCAUGUAUAAUACGUGUUAAUACUGUUAAUACUAUUGACUCUAUAAAAUAAGUAUAGAAGGAUAUUAUUGGAUGUACAUUAUGAAAUAUAUA